GUGAAAUUGGGCAGGAAGCGGCGGCUCUGCCGCACAUUCCCUGCCUGCAGCAGCGUUUCACAGCGCUCAGAAAAACCUGGGCGAGCCUGGGCUGAGCCGCCCCCAGCACCGGCACCGCCAAUCCAGGACAGCCCUGCCUGCACCGCCUGGCUCUGCCUUUGAGGACUGCGAGCGCUGGAAAUGGGAAGAUCCCGAGUUUUUCCCUCCAACCCCUGCGCGCUGCUGCUGCUGCUGCUGCUGCUGGCAGGGCUGAGCUGUGCCCAGUACGAGCCCUGGCCGUACCUGCCCGGCUACCCCGAGCCACCCCCCCAGGCGUUCCAGCCGCCCCAGAGAGCCCCAAACGUGCCCAAAAUCCAGCUGAGGCUGGCGGGGCAGAAGAGGAAGCACAACGAGGGCAGGGUGGAGGUGUUCUACAGCGGAGAGUGGGGCACCGUGUGCGACGACGACUUCUCCAUCCACGCCGCCAACGUGGUGUGCCGGGAGCUGGGCUACGUGGAGGCCGUGUCCUGGCUGCCCAGCUCCAAGUACGGCAAAGGAGAAGGGAAAAUCUGGCUGGACAACGUGCACUGCACGGGCAAGGAGAGCAGCCUGGCCGCCUGUGGCUCCAAUGGAUGGGGCGUGAGCGACUGCAAACACACCGAGGACGUGGGCGUGGUGUGCAGCGAGAAGAGGAUCCCUGGCUUCAAGUUUGACAACUCCCUGAUCAACCAAAUUGAGAACAUGAACAUCCAGGUGGAGGACAUCCGGAUCCGCGCCAUCCUGGCCACCUACCGCAAGCGGGUCCCUGUCACCGAGGGCUACGUGGAGGUGAAGGACGAGGGCACCUGGAAGCAGAUCUGUGACAGGCACUGGACCAUGAAGAAUUCCCGGGUGGUCUGCGGGAUGUUCGGCUUCCCCAGCGAGAGGAAAUACAACACCAACGUCUACAAGAUGUUUGCCAGCAGAAGGAAGCAGCACUACUGGGCUUACUCCAUGGAGUGCAGCGGGAACGAGGCCCACAUUUCCAGCUGCAAGCUGGGGAACCACCUGACGGGCCCGGGGAAGAACAGCAGCUGUGACAACGGGAUGCCCGCGGUGGUCAGCUGCGUGCCCGGCCGCGCCUUCGCGCCCAGCAGCCACAGCGGCUUCCGAAAGGCCUUCAGGCAGGAGCAGCCCCUGGUGAGGCUCAAGGGAGGAGCCAACACGGGCGAAGGCCGCGUGGAGGUGCUGAAGAAUGGCGAGUGGGGCACGGUGUGCGACGACAACUGGAACCUGGUGUCGGCCAGCGUGGUGUGCCGGGAGCUGGGCUUUGGCAGCGCCAAGGAGGCCAUCACGGGGGCCAGGCUGGGCCAAGGAAUGGGUCCCAUCCACCUGAACGAGAUCGACUGCACGGGCUUUGAGAAGUCGGUCACGGACUGCAAGUUCAACACCGAGUCCCAGGGCUGCAACCACGAGGAGGAUGCUGCUGUGAGGUGCAAUGUGCCAGCCAUGGGCUUCCAGAACCAGCUUCGCCUGAGCGGGGGCCGCAACCCCUACGAGGGGCGCGUGGAGGUGCUGGCCGAGCGCAACGGGACCCUGAGGUGGGGCACAGUCUGCAGCCACAACUGGGGCACCGUGGAGGCCAUGGUGGUGUGCAGGCAGCUGGGGCUGGGAUUCGCCAGCCACGCCUUCCAGGAAACGUGGUACUGGCACGGGGACGUCAGCGCCGACGACGUGGUGAUGAGCGGGGUGAAGUGCUCGGGGACGGAGAUGUCGCUGUCGCACUGCCGGCACGACGGGGCCCACGUGUCCUGCCCCAGGGGAGGGGGGCGCUUCGGGGCCGGCGUGUCCUGCUCCGAGACCGCCCCUGACCUGGUGCUGAACGCGGAGCUGGUGGAGCAGACGGCCUACCUGGAGGACAGGCCCAUGUUCCUGCUGCAGUGUGCCCUGGAGGAGAACUGCCUGGCCAGCUCGGCCCACAACACCUCGCUGACCUCGGGCUACCGGCGCCUGCUGCGCUUCAGCUCCCAGAUCCACAACAACGGCCAGUCCGACUUCAGGCCCAAGAACGGCCGCCACGCCUGGGUGUGGCACGACUGCCACCGGCACUACCACAGCAUGGAGGUGUACCACUACGACCUGCUGAACCUCAAUGGCACCAAGGUGGCCGAGGGACACAAGGCCAGCUUCUGCCUGGAGGACACCGAGUGCGAGGCAGACGUGCAGAAGCAGUACGAGUGUGCCAACUUUGGGGAGCAGGGCAUCACCGUGGGCUGCUGGGACGUUUAUCGGCACGACAUCGACUGCCAGUGGAUCGACAUCACCGAUGUCCCCCCGGGGGAUUACCUCUUCCAGGUGGUGAUCAACCCCAACUACGAGGUGGCAGAGUCGGAUUAUUCCAACAACGUCAUGAAAUGCCGGAGCCGCUACGACGGGCAGCGCAUCUGGAUGUACAACUGCCACAUAGGCGGUUCCUUCAGCGAGGAGACGGAGCAGAAGUUCGAUCACUUCAGGGGACUCACAAAUAACGUCGUCUCUGCCCGGUAGGAUCCCCCACCGACCACUCAGGGCAGCCAGGACUCCGCUCCAGCCCUUCCCAACCACUGCCCCUCUCCAGGAAUCGGAGCCUCCACCAAACUCUGGAUCCCACCCCAAGAAGCCUCUCCCUGCCCGGCUCGGGCGCUCCCAACAUUCCAGCUCUCCUCAGCUCCAGCUCUUCACCGUCCCAAAGGUUCCUCCCGCACUCUGCAGCGCUCGGGGUGGGUGCCAGCCACCCCAAAAGUGCCCUCACCCCUCACUCCCGAGGCGCCCUUUGGGAAUUCUCAGCUCUUUUCCCGCUCCCCGUUUUGUGCUGCUGCUUCCCGCGCUCCUCCUCAGCACCGGCUCCGGCUCGGCAAGGAAACGGAAGGAAAGGGAAAAAUUAAAAGGAAAAAAAAAACAAAACCCAAAAAAAAAAAAAAAACCAACAAAAAGAAAAAAAA